CAGCCUGCUUGGCCCGAGCGCGCGGGGGCGCACCCCCUCCCAUCCCGCCCCCGCGCCCUCUUCCUCCGCACGCACUGCACGCCGCCGCGCUGCGCGCCCCUCCGCCCCGUGCCCAUGGGCGGCGGCGUCGGGAAGGCGGAGUACCGGGUGCAGUUCCGGCGCAGCGUGGACAGCGCCGGCCAGUACCUGGACGGCCACCUCGCCGCGUGGGUGGCAAGGCACGCCGCCGGCGGCGGCGAGAGCCGCGGGCCCGCAGAGGGGAGUCCCGAGAGCCUGCCUGGCUCGACCCCGAGGCCAGCACGGGGCCGCGGGGCUGCAGGCGCGGUGGCAAGCGCAGCCUCGUCGGCGCCCGCCGCGCCAAACACCGUCGGCCCGACGCUCCUGAGGAGCGGGCGCGAGGGCGGCGGCCAGAGCCACGAGGGCGGCAGGGGUCGCAGGCCAGACCGCUCCGCGGCAGGGGCAGCGAGCUGCGACCGGGGCAGGGACACCUCCAAGGAUGGCAGGUGGCAUCAGAAGCACUGCUCGCCCGGGCUGUUCGUGCUCGCGAACACCAUCCAGCAGGCGUACCCUUUCGACCCUUACGGCCAGAAGACUGUGUAUAAGGAGGAGGAGCACCUAUCUUCCAUGUGCGACCACUGGCGCGGCUUCGGGGAGGUCACCAUUACGAAGACGGGCCCGAGGAAGCUCCACUGCAGGAUAUGCGCGAGGCUGCUGGUGGAUGCUGACGACAGCAGCCGCAGCGAGGGGCCGUUCUACUUCUGCCGGAGGUGCCACGAGAGCGGAUACAAGUACCACAUCUGCACUUCGUGCUGGCAAGACCUGAAAAGGGGGGACGCGAGCCCAUUCGACGUUCACGCAGGACCCGCGGGCCCAGGAUCCAGCACGGGCUCGGAGGCGGCCACGGGCAUCAGUCCGGCCGUGGUGCCACCUGGGCUGUGGAAGGGCAGCGUCACCGAGGGAGGGUACACGAGGGACGCGUCGCUGAACCUUUCCUUCGACACGCAGGGGGGCAUCACGGGCUCGGGCCCGGCCGGGGAGGAGGAGGUCGCGGUCAGCGGGGUGUGGCGCCGCGAGGGCCGCGCCGUCGUGGUGGCCUGGAGCGAGGCCCGUUCUUGGGGCAGGAUCUGGGUGGACGGGCAGUUCAUGGUGAGCGGGGAUGCCGCCAAGAUCACGGCCAAGAUGCUCGCCUCCGACGAGGGGCAGGCGAGCCUGGUGCUCUCGAGGCGGCUGUGAGGCCCGGGGGGGCCGCCCCGCGCCGGGGGGCGUGGCCCUUCGAUGGCACCCUGGGCUGUGGGCCCGCCGUGCAGGUGCGGUCCACCCUUCGGCAGCUUGGGCUGUGGCAGGAGGACGGGGUGGGGCAGUUUUUCGAGCAGACCAGGAUUCGCGGCUGGACGCCCCGCUGCAUUCCGUGAGCUUCGUAGCCGACGCUCAGCAGUUGUCUGAAUCACCUUGAUGGCAUGCUGUGAACGUGGUAUUUUAGCAUGGACGUUUUCAGGUUGAGCCUCCGUGCAACCUUCGCCGGGCGACCCGCUCACCGCUGGUCGCGGUGGCCUGGACGUGAUGUGCGUGCGCCGCGCAGUUCUGGGCGUGCUGCGAAGCAGGUGCGAGCGUGCAUGCGCCUUGCUCCUGACCGAAACCAAGGUGUGAGGUUUGGCGAAUCUAGCGCGAUCAGAUGCAGUACUUGCAUUGCAUGAGUUUGCGUGCCGAAUGCUGCAGAUGCACAUUCUGCGCUGCUAACUAUUUGUUGCCCAGGGCAGAACUGCCUUGCGUUCGCCUUCGCCGUCAAGGCUGACCGCAGCUUGCUCAGGUAUCUGCACGGACCGACGUCGUUUGUUGUUAGGACCCCGCUAGGCUGCCCCGGCUGCUCUGCAGUGCCGAUCUCUUCUCUCGGUGGCAAGGUAGGGGGCUCCCAAGCAGCGACUCGAAACACUUGUGGCUCGUAGAGCUCUCUUCGACAGAGCGUGCUUUACAUAUUACAGGAGGAAAGGGAGAGCCU